AUGGCAAUAGCCAUGGCUUCCUGGCAUAAGCCCGAUAAUGUGGCGGGAUCGUCAGCACCCGCCAUUAUGGUCGGGCUUUUCGUCGCUACCGGAGGACUCUUGUUUGGAUAUGAUACGGGCACGAUCUCUGGGAUAUUAGCGAUGAAGGCCUUUCGCAAACAGUUUACGACGGGAUACGUCGACCCCAAGGAUAUGAUCUUAAAUAUAUCGCCAGCACAGUCAUCUCAAGUCGUAGCGAUAUUAAGCGCCGGAACCUUUUUCGGCGCCUUGUUGGCAGCGCCUUUGGGUGACAAACUUGGUCGACGCACUUCUCUUAUAAUUGCCGUGGCUAUUUUCGCCUUCGGCGUCCUACUUCAGACCAUUGCGAUGGCCCUUCCAACGCUUGUCAGCGGAAGAUUCUUCGCUGGCCUUGGUGUUGGUGUGAUAUCGGUGCUGGUCCCUCUCUAUCAGUCCGAAAUGGCUCCCAAGUGGAUUCGAGGGACGUUGGUUUGCGCAUACCAGCUCGCUAUCACUUUUGGCCUGCUCCUUGCCGCCAUGGUUAACAUUAUAACCGAGGGAAUGUCAACGGCAAAUGCUUUCCGGAUUCCUCUUGCCCUCCAAUUUGUGUGGGCCGGUGUCCUUCUUCUUGGGCUUAUGCUCCUGCCCGAGACACCCCGCUAUCUCAUCAAACGAAAUCGCCAUGGCGCCGCGGCUUCAUCUCUCAGUCGUCUCCGUCGCCUGGAUAUCACCCACCCCGCUCUAAUCGAGGAGCUUGCCGAGAUCGAAGCCAAUCACGAAUAUGAGCUGAGUCUCGGAGCUUCAAGCUAUCGCGAUGUUUUCCUUGGAACGCCUCAUCUAGGUCGUCGCCUCCUCACCGGCAGCGGCCUACAAAUGCUCCAGCAACUCUCUGGAUGUAACUUCAUAUUCUACUACGGAACUACUUUCUUUACCAAUAUUGGUAUCCAGUCACCCUUUGUCAUUGCUCUCAUUACCAACGUCGUUAAUGUUGUUUCCACCGUCCCUGGAAUGAUCCUGGUCGAGUCGAUAGGCCGUCGCCGCAUUCUUAUGAUAGGGGCGGCCGGGAUGGCUGUAUGUCAGUUCGUCGUCGGCAGCGUUGGAACAAUCAAUCCAGAGCUCACCAGCACCAACAUCGUGCUCAUCGUUUUCGUCUGUCUCUAUAUAUUCUUCUUCGCCGCAUCAUGGGGGCCCGUCGUCUGGGUCGUAACCUCGGAGAUCUAUCCUCUCAAGGUUCGUGCCAAGUCGAUGUCGAUCUCAGUCGCCUCAAACUGGAUCCUAAAUUUUGCGAUCGCUUAUGGGACCCCGUAUCUUGUCAACUCUGGUCCGAGUUACGCCAAUCUCCAGGCUAAGAUCUUCUUCCUCUGGGGAUUCUUUUGCGUUGUAUCCUUCAUCUUCGUAUGGGCUAUGGUAUACGAAACGAGUAAGAUCAGUCUCGAACAGAUCGAUGAAUUGUACGAGAGAGUCGAUCGCGCUUGGCACAGCAAAUCCUUCCAACCCAGUUGGAGCUUCCAGGAAAUGCGUGACGAGGGCGCGUCGUCGAGCGGGAUUCAACUGACUGAACACGACAAUGACCUCGCUCGACAACGAACCGGCACUAGCUCCAGUCAAACAGACAGUGCAGCGUCCAUAUCAGAAGAAGACAAAAUCAUCGCGCAACUAGGCCACGUUGAUCUAAGUUACUAA